AUGGAUGUUUUGCAGGUUCAGGAAAACUCCCCAGCUCAACAAGGAGGACUGGAACCUUUCUUUGAUUUCAUCAUUGCGAUAGGACACACUAGGCUUAAUAAAGAAAACAAUAUGUUGAAAGAUCUGCUGAAGGCAAAUGCUGAAAAAGCAGUGAAGCUCGAGGUGUAUAAUAUCAAAACAAUGAAAAUAAGAGAGGUGGAGGUGAUCCCCAGUAACAUGUGGGGAGGACAAGGUCUUCUUGGAGCCAGCGUGAGGUUCUGCAGUUUCCAGGGAGCCAGUGAACAUGUGUGGCAUGUUUUGGAUGUUGAACCUGCAUCUCCUGCAGCUCUCGCUGGUCUCCAGCCAUACACUGACUACAUUGUUGGAUCUGAUCAGAUUCUUCAGGAGUCAGAGGAUUUCUUUUCACUGAUUGAAUCCCAUGAGGGGAAGCCGCUGAAGCUGAUGGUUUACAACACUGAGGCAGAUUCCAUUCGAGAGGUAGUUGUGACUCCCAAUGGAGCUUGGGGUGGAGAAGGAAGUUUAGGAUGUGGUAUUGGAUAUGGCUAUCUGCACAGAAUUCCAACACAGUCUAUAGCAUCGAACAAAAAGCCAGAAAGCAAACCGCCUUCACCCUUACCAGAAGCUGCAACUCCUGUACCAUCUACUAAUGGUUACACAGAGACUCCCUUAUUGGCACCUGCUUCUCAGGGUGACAACUCUGAAAUACUGAUGAACUUGGACCAUUCCACAGAUCAAGAAAUGAGCGGUUAUUCACCAGAGAGCUCCCUUUCUCCUCCCCCCCCUCUCCAGAGAGUUAUGGAUCCAGGAUUUCUAGAUAUGUCUGGUAUUUCAUUGCCCGAACUCACCGACAUAACAAAAGUGUCCAACAUGUCUUCAUCUGCCUCUUUCAACAUGCCAGCAGCAGAUGCUUUAGUAGGCACUGAAAAGUUCAUGUCAAACAAUGAAGCUUCUGCUUAUUUUGAAAAUGCCAUAGCUUUGGACCCUGGAGAUGUAACCAUGUAUUCUGAAAGCUCAGUCAAGCCGCCCGGGAUGGACAGCCUGCUGCCUUCACUUCCAGCUUUACCUUCGUUUGCUCUUCCUAGUGAAAUUUCUUCAAAAACACUAGGAGCUGAUCCCGAUAACCAAGAAACAACGCUGCUCUUAAACAGUAUUGAGACCUCGUUAACCGCUACUCCGGUGAAACCAGAGGAUGAAGCAGCAUGUGAACACAAAGAAGAAGAAGCUGCUCGAGAUCAGGAGUGA